AUGAUCCAUCCAAAGAAGCUUGCUCAGCUGGCCAAGAAGUGGCAGAGGAAGGUCGCAUCUGGAGCUGGUGGCCAGCAAGCUGACGAGUGCUGCAGCACAGUCGCUGACAAGGGCCAUUGUGUGGUGUACACUGCCGACGGGGCACGGUUCGAGGUCCAGCUGGCAUACCUUGGUACAACGGUAUUCGGCGAACUCCUGAGGAUGUCCGGGGAGGAGUUUGGCUUCACGAACAGCGAGGGAGGCAGGAUCACUCUGCCAUGCGAUACCGUGAUUAUGGAGUAUGUCUUGUGCUUGGUCAGGAGAGACGCCUCCAAGGAGGUCGAGAGGGCGUUCUUGAGCUCCAUUGCUGGGCACUGCCAUGGCCAAGAUGCACCGAUGGGACUCGCCCAUCAAUUGAUUCUUUGUACUUAG